AUGCCAUUUUCAGCUAUAAAUUUCUUGACGGACCGAAGAAAAACCAAACCCGAAGCAGUCGAAGACGAAGCCGCCGUAAUAAAAGCCGCUGCAUGGGCCUGGUACGAACGUGGAUCAGGAUCCGAAGGCAAGCCCAUACGCGAAUUCGAUUUUACCAACUCUCGCAGAACCGAUCCAGCUCCGUCGCGCUACAAAAUUGAGGCCAUGAAGAGCGAAAAAAUCGAUAAAUAUUUGUCCAGCGCUUGCCCUAGUUUCAACAGCUCUCUUAUGGAUAAUUAUGAGAUGGAGAGCAUUUCCAAGGAGCUUGGUCAUUAUAUAGAGCGUCGAAGAGUCGUAGCGGUAGAGAAGAUUGAGAAAGUUGUUGGUAGUGAUGUGAAGAGUAAGAAAUUGUCGAGGGGAUUUUUGUUGAGGCAUGCAGCGGUUUCGUGUGGAUCUAUAAACGAUGUAGUGGCUGGGCGAGAUAAAAUUGUUGAUAAUAUUAGAGGGAGGCGGCGGCCGGAGAAGAGAGGUCCGGUGCCGGUGGUGAAGAGUAGUACCCAUGCCUUGUGA